UUUAAGCCCAUAGUAUAAUAUAAUAUAUAGUUUUUAUUUUUUACAAUUUGAUAUAUAUACAUGUAAGCGAAUUCGGUAUUGCUUUACGAGUGAACAAAAAAAAGAAGGAAAAGACAAGUGACAUUAAUGUCCCUGUCAGCACCGGUGACACACCUGCAGCGCGUCCGCAGGUUAUACAAAAUGGUUUUGAAAUUGCACCGGGGUCUGCCGUCGGAUAUUAGGGAGCUCGGCGACAUUUACGUGAAAGACGAAUUCAGGAGACACAAGACUUGCAGUCCUGAUUUGGCUAAUGUUUUUCUGAACGAGUGGGCGGAUUAUGCAAUAGAUCUGUCAGAGCAGCUGGGACUGCGAGGAGUGAAGACAGCAAAACCAUUGGGCAAGUCGUUAGAUGCGGCAAAUUUGGACAAACUCAGAGAGGAGCAGGUGAUCCAGUUGUAUGAGUUGAUGAUGGCUGCAACGGGCAAAGCUGAUGUGGAUGAAGAAAAAAAUGCCAAACCAAAAGAAACGGAUGAUAAAAACAGUUGACGAAAAACUAGUCGAUGGAUUUAUGGGUCUUGUAUGUUUUUUUUCAUGGACUGGCAUGGAAGAAGAACUUUUCAAAUGAAGAUGAAUUGCUUAGUCAUCUUUAAGGCGUAUACUUAAAUAGAUGUUUUACUAUGAGUGUGCAAAGUGCAACCUUCAAUACUUUGAAUAACAUUACUGAAUGAAGCGUGGAGUGUGUAAUUAACGUUUAUUGUGAGAUAUUAGUUUGUAUGGUGCCACAUGCACUGUUUGGUUUUAUAGCAUAUAGUUAAAAGUUAAGAUUACGUGAGUUUUAAUUACUGGCUGAAUAGUUCACAAACAUUACUUUUAA